AUGACAGAACGAGAACCUAUAAGUGGAUCGAGCCGUGAUUAUGGUUCUACGGCGGCACCACCCACCGUUGCUUUUGCCGACUUUAGCCCUACAGAACUUUACAAUCUCAGCGAAGGAAUCGCAGACAAUGUGAACACUAUUAACAACGGACUACAGGCUUUGCAAAAGUUGAUGAAACAAAUUGGUGGACCCAAUGAUAGUGUACAACUGAGAGAUAAAAUCCAUGACACACAACAAAACGUAAAUGGCUCUAUAUCAGCAACGGCUCGGGAUAUUCAAAGACUGGGUGUGGUUGUCCGCAGAGGAGAUAAACCACAGAAGCUGCAAGUGGAAAGAUUGACUCAAGUGUUCAGAGAAACACUGGCAAGAUACUCCUCUAUGCAGAAACAAUUAUCAGAAAAAAUGGCUGAACAUAUGCCAACACAGGCAAGGCAAAGGAAUGAUCCAGAUGCUUUGGAACGACAAGCUAUAGCUGAUGAUGAAGAAUCAGCUCUUUUAGCAAAUCAACAGGCACAGGCUCGUCUAAUACAAUUCGAAACGAGUAUGUUAUUAGAAAAGGAAGCUUAUAUGAACAAAAUCGAAGCUGAUGUGUUAGAUGUUAACCAAAUUAUGCAAGAUCUGGCUGAAAUGGUCAAUGCUCAAGGACAGAAAGUUGACACGGUAGAAAGUCACAUAGAAGCAGCUAGUGCAGGCGUCGAGGCUGGCGUUGAUGAAUUAGCCAAGGCAGCGGAAUAUCAACGAAGAUAUAGAAGAAAAAUGUUCUUUUUCAUACUAAUUGGUGUGAUUCUAGCAAUUAUCUUCAUUAUAUGGAUAGUGAAAGCCUUCAAAUAA